AUGCUGCAAGAGAAGUUUGAAAUUGCAAUGGACCCUGGUGAAACCGCUUUUGAUACAGGUAUGAGAUAAUACAUGAUAGUUGCGCCCAAUAAUCACUAGGCGUCUUGGCAGGGCUAUAAAAUGUGCGCCUGGUUGACUGCUAUUCAAUUGAGGCCAAUCACAGCCAAUUUUUAGGUAGAUCACAAAAGGCACCUCAUUAGUAUUCCAAUAAUCUUAUGGCGGCUUACAAUUAGUCACUAAUUAAUGUGUAAUAAAGAGUUUCCGCAUAUUACUUUUUACUGUGGGACUACUUGCCAUUCUUACCCAAAAUUGCUAAAUUAAACCUACUAUUUAUGCAAUUUGCUAAAAAUGAGUAUGGUAUAAACAAAUCAUAUUUCUAACUGAUUAAGGUAAAGCCCCGUUUAUACACUACGCUCAAUUUUUGGUAUACGGCACGCGGAUAAAAUUGGUAUCCGUACCACUUUUUUGGUUCUUGGACUACCUAAUUUAGGUAGUCCAAGAACCAAAAAAGUGGUACGGUACCAAAAAUUGAGCGUAGUGUAAACGGGGCUUUAUUGAACGUUAAAGAUGAACUAUAAGCAUGCUCAUAUAGAAAUGGUGACUCUGGUGACCUGCAUGAGGAAUAUUCAAAUCCCAACCCAGACAGUUCAGACAAGUGUGUUGCCCAUGGCCGAAACCUGUGUCACAGAAUAAGGUACACAGAAGGCCGACUUCGUUUUUCCUAUGAUUUUCCUAUUAUUUUGGCGUAACCCGUAAUUCGUCAUCAAAUGCUGACGCUAUGGUCCUAGCCAGUGCGCGUUUCAGAGGCAUUCACCCGCUGAUAAUAUUCAAUAUGGCGGAUGUCCAGGGGGGAAUGCCUCUCAAACGCGCACUGGCUAGGACCAUGGCGUCAGCAUUUUGAUGAUGAAUCAUGGCGUGGCAGUGGUUACUCGAGUCGACCUUCUGUGUACCUUAUUCUGUGCCUGUGUAGUUGACCUGAGCAUGCCGGCAGUGACUGUAUAGUCAUUUAUGCGAGACAGCCUGAAAAACACAGACAAAUGGGGUAAAGCAGCUUUUGUCCAACAGCAGAUUACUUGUAUUGGUAAUUCCAAAUCUACUGUCUGGAUGCAGGCAAUUUCAUCAUUUUUUUUCUCAAAGGGUCUAUAUUCAUUUGGUUAUCGCCGAUCGAGUCGGUAACUACUUUGUGCAAUCUUUCCACGGGUUAAAUCAAAUCAAAUAACUGGGAAGUCGCGAAAAUUUCUCCAGUCUAUAGCUAUAAAUACGGUGCGUUAACCCAAAGAGGUAACUUUAGACUAAUAUCAAUACUCGCAAUAUUAUCUAAAGCGAAGAGAGAGCCAGAGGCAGAGUCUGCAUGUAAAGGACACAUUUUAAAAGAACUUUUGAUUUCAAUUUAUCUUUGUUUAAAGAAACGUAAUAAAAGUGGCUUAUUUUUGCAACCGCAUCUGGGUGUAUUAUAAAUAUAUUUGUAUUUUGCACCGUAAAUAUCAAAUGUGCACAUAUCUUAUUUUACGUUAUCUUAAAUAUUCUUGACAAAUUUAUAGGUAGUCUAGUUGGUCAAGGUUAUAACAUCUUAACCAAUAGAUCAGCCGCCACCCAAGUGUUCAAGUUUGAUGUUACCAAGACCCAAUACGGUAUUGCAAUUCCGAAGUGUGCGAAAUUUGAAAAGGUUCAGCAAACCAGAAACUAUAUGGAUCAGUUUGAAAAUUAUGAAUCAUACACGGAGUCGAGGCUGAAGAAUCUUAAUGUAAGUAUAGGUGUCAAUCCCAACGUGCUGAAGAUGGGUAAUAGAGCUGGAUAUAAUAGGGACGAUUAUUCCACCUCGUCGGAAGUUUCUUUCUUGUUCGAGCAGCGAAUGUUUGAAAUAAAGUUUGGAAACUAUGAGGGAUAUCUGGAUGAGGGCGUGACCUUCACAAAAGAUUUCAGGUCAGAUGUUGAAAGUUUACCAUGCACGUAUAAACAAAAAUGAUCGCAGUUGCAGAAGAGAAAUUCUUCAACCGUUUCGGUCAUUUUUUGGUAUAUUCGGCGUAUGGAGGAGGAUCAGUCGAAGUAAAAUUAAAUGUGGUAGAGAAAUGGUUGGGAGCGCAACAGCGAGCUUGGCAGAAGCGAAGGCUGUCCUGACAGCAAUAUUUGAGGGGUUAGACGUAGCUAAAAUAGAAUUUACGGCAGGUAGCAGUCUCUUCGGUAGCGUGAACGCAAACACUUUGUUGGAGCGAUGUCAUAUUUUCUGGGAAGGCGACCACACGAUCCUUCGUGAGAAAGAGACAAUCGCUGAUAAAGAAAAGAUGAAGCUAGAAAUGGAAAGCAUCUUUGCUCGUAAACCCAGCGAUUCUUACUUCGGAAAUGACACUAGAACCUGUUUCUGUUGCAGUAGCUCAUGUCGAUCCCGAAAAAGACAAAACAACUUACAACGCACUUAAGGAUCUUUUGGGAGGUGAAUUUAAAGUUCUUGAAGAGAAGGAGGAACAGAAACGUGCAGCGGAGGCACGUACCAAGAAAAUGGAUGAGGCAACUAGAAGAAAAGAAACUGUUCAAGAUCCAAAUGAAAGGGAAGGUGGAUGUUUUCCCUCAAGCUCGGUAGUUAAUGUCCGGAGCAAAGAGGCAGCCCAGCAAAUAUAUCAUGUUUUCACUUAAAAUGCGUCAAAAACAUUUAAAAAUGCGUUCUCCUGACUUCGCUAUCUGAGAGAAGAUACAAAGAACUUUUUGUGAGAUUAUUACGGAUCAGUUCCUAGGUCGUAGGUCCAACACACUUGCGUGGGAAUAAACUGGACUGUGUAUUCUUCAAUGCUCCGGAGUGA